AUGGUGGUUUUAUCACAGCCAGGCGCUUUAGACAACCCCAUAUCCGUAAUCCCAGCAUGCAACGCAGUUCUCACUUCCCAAGCAAUCCCCGUCGUGGACCUAAAAGACCCAGAAGCCAAAGCCCUAAUGGUGAAAGCGUGUGAGGAGUUUGGUUUCUUCAAGGUUGUAAACCACGGAGUCCAACCCGACCUCAUGACCCGGUUAGAGGAGGGGGCUAUCGGCUUCUUUGCCUUGCCACAGUCUCUUAAGAACCAGGCCGGUCCACCUGAACCGUAUGGUUAUGGUAGUAAGCGGAUAGGACCAAACGGUGACGUAGGGUGGAUUGAGUAUAUCCUCCUAAAUGCUAACCCUCAGCUCUCGUCAACCAAAACCUCCAUCAUUUUCAAUCAAAGCCCACAAAAUUUCCGAGAGGCGGUGGAGGAGUAUAUGCUCGAGUUGAAGGAAGUGUCGUGCAAGGUUUUGGAGAUGGUGGCGGAAGGAUUAGGGAUAGAGCCGAGGGACACACUGAGUAAGAUGGUGAGGGAUGAGAAAAGUGACUCUUGCCUGAGACUUAACCACUAUCCGACGGCGGAGGAAGAGGAGGCGGAGAAGAUGGUGAAAGUAGGGUUUGGGGAACACACAGACCCACAGAUUAUCUCAGUGCUAAGGUCUAAUGAUACGGCGGGUCUUCAAAUAUGUAUGAAAGAUGGAAGUUGGGUCGCUGUCCCUCCUGAUCAAUCUUCGUUUUUCAUUAUUGUUGGAGAUGCUCUUCAGGUUAUGACAAACGGGAGGUUCAAGAGUGUGAAACACAGAGUCUUAGCUGAUACAAGAAAAUCGAGAGUCUCGAUGAUAUAUUUUGGGGGACCCCCAUUGAGUGAGAAGAUAGCGCCACUCUCAUGUCUAGUCUCUAAGAAAGAGGAUUGGCUUUACCAAGAAUUCACUUGGUCUCUAUACAAAUCUUCUGCUUACAAGUCUAAACUUGGUGAUUAUAGGCUUGGUCUCUUUGAGAGACAACCUCUUCUCAGUUCUCACUCAUACGUCUAA